AUGCCCAGUUCGCGCGCAGACCCGAGUCCGCACUACAUCGAGGUGGAGGGCCGCGAGGGGGGGCCGGGGGGCCCCUCGGAGGGCCCGCUGGGGGCCCCCGGGGGCCCCCCGGGGGCCCCCCAGGGGCCCCCCGGCGAGUACGGGGCCCCCAGCAGCAGCUUUUUCCCGGGGCCCUCCGAGGCCCCCGAGGGGCCCUUCGCGGGGGCGGACCCCGAGGGCUUUUCGGAGGCGAGUGGGCUGCGGGAGGGGCAGUACCCUCCGGAGGGGGGCCCCCCCGGGGGGCCCCCCGGGGGCCCCCCCAGCCCGGGGGCCCCCCGCGCAGCAGCAGCAGGGGCCCCCGGGGCCCCCGGGGGCCCCCCGGGGCCCCCCGGAGCCCGUUCUGCGCAGCAGCAGCAGCAGCAGCAGCAGGAGGGGCCCCCCGGGCAGCGCUCGAGCUCCGUGCUGCUGCAGGGCCUCGGAGAAAGUGCUGCUGCUGCUCGCAGCAGCUUCAAAAAGGCCCGGAGUUCUGUAAAAGCUGCUUCCGCUCAAGUGCUGCAGGCCAGCGAGCGGGCCCUGGACUGGGCCAUGUGGCUGAGUGUGGGGUGUGGGGCUGCUGCGCUGCUGCUGCUGUGUCUGUCGCUGGGGCUGCGGGGCUGGCGGCAGCAGCAGCUGCAGCACGACAGCAGCAGCGGCAGCAGCAGCAGCAGCGUGCUCCUGGGCCUUUCUUCUCUCCAGAGAAUCCAAACUCUCCACCGAAAUCAAAAUGCUGGGAUCGUUGUCAUGUACGAUCCCCCGCUGCUUUACGAAGACGCCCUCACUUCGGCUUACUGCCUCCCGGACCCCAAGCAGCAGCAGCAGCAGCAGCAGCAGCAGCAGCAGCAGCAGCAGCAGCGGGGGGA